GGCAAAUGUGUUUUGAAAUUGAACAGUGUGGGCUAAGGAGGAAAGAUUGUGUGGACUUAGAUGCAACUUCUCCAGGAUUGAGGAGGGGUGGGAGAGGCAGAAGGGUGCCCAGGGUCAACUUAAUCCAAAAAUCCUAGAACAGGGAGGAUGUGGCCCUUCAUGGUCUUCCUGCCUUCGAUCCUAUGUGCCAGCACCCCAGGAAUAAGGUCCCCACUCAAUGACUUCCAGUCCUUGACUGCCACGGAGCUGAGACACCCAUCCUACCAAUCGGACAAUCAGGAGAGGCUGAUGGAUGUGGAAGAGUGUGCCCAGCUAUGUAACCAGCUCCUGGACUGCCGUGCUUUCCACUACAUCCCAAGGAACCAGGGAUGCCAGCUGUUGUCUUGGACCCAACACUCUGCACAGGCCCAGCUCCAAAAGAAUGUGCUGUAUGACCUUUACCAGAAGAAAGAUUACGUGCGGGACUGCAUCGUGAACAACGGGCUCAAUUACCGGGGCACUGUUGCAGUCACAGCUGGAGGCAUCACCUGUCAACACUGGAACCACAAGUUCCCAGCAGACCACAAGUAUAUUCCAGAUUCCCGAAAUGGCCUGGAGAAGAACUAUUGUCGUAACCCUGACAGUGACCAGCAGGGCCCCUGGUGUUACACCACCAACCCCGAGAUCCGAUAUCAGACGUGUGGUAUCAAGACUUGUCAGGAGGCUACCUGCUUCACCUGUAAUGGGGAAGAUUACCAAGGUUCUCUAGAUUACACAGAGUCAGGCCUAGAGUGUCAGCGCUGGGACCUCCAGUAUCCUCACAAGCAUCCCUACAAACCCAACAAGUAUCCAGAUAAAAACCUGGAUGACAAUUAUUGUCGAAACCCAGACAACUCAGAGCGCCCCUGGUGUUACACCACUAACCCACUGCAGGAGCGAGAGUUCUGCAGCAUCCCCAGAUGCCCAUCAACACGGCAGCAGCAGCCGCCACCCAAACAUACCACCCACAAUUGCUUCAAGGGGAAGGGGGAAAACUAUCGAGGAACAGCCAACACUACAGCUACGGGGAUUCCAUGCCAGCGCUGGGAUGCCCAGACCCCUCACCAGCACCACUUCUUACCUGAGAACUAUGAAUGCAAGGACUUACGGGAAAAUUACUGUCGGAAUCCAGAUGGUUCAGAGGCUCCCUGGUGCUUCACUUCUCGGCUUGGCAUGCGUGUGGCCUUCUGUUUCCAAAUCAAGCGCUGUACUGAUGACAUCAAGGUAGAAGAUUGUUACUAUGAAAAUGGAGAGCAGUACCGGGGCUCUGUUAGUAAGACCCGGAAGGGGAUUGUCUGCCAGCACUGGUCCCAGAAGACUCCUCACAAGCCUCAGUUCACACCUACCACUUAUCCAUGGCUGGAAGAGAAUUUCUGUCGGAACCCAGAUGGAGAUAAAUAUGGUCCUUGGUGCUACACUACAGACCCUGGAACUCCAUUCGACUACUGUGCCCUCAAGCCCUGCAGAAGUGGCCCAAAGUCAUCCAACCUGGAGACCUCAGACCCAGUGCUGUUUGAGGAGUGUGGCAAGAGAGAGGAACGGAGGUCAAGGAUGUUACGGGUUGUAGGGGGCCGGCCUGGCAACUCACCCUGGACAGUCAGCUUGAGGAACCGGCAAGGCCAGCACUUCUGUGGUGGGUCGCUGGUGAAGGACCAGUGGGUAGUCUCAGCUCUCCAGUGCUUCUCAUCCUGUCGCGGCCCCCUCACAGGCUACGAGGCCUGGCUGGGCACACUUUUUAAGGACCCUCAGCCCAGCGAUCCUGGACUACAAAAGAUUCCCCUGAUACAGAUGGUGUGUGGUCCUCCUGGCUCCCAGCUCGUCAUGAUCAAACUAGAAAGACCUGCAGUGCUCAACAACCGCGUGGCCCUUAUUUGCCUGCCCCCUGAAAACUACUUGGUGCCAGGUCAAACCCAGUGUGAGAUUGCUGGAUGGGGAGAGACCAAUGGAACUGGCAACAACACAGUCUUGAAUGUGGCCCAGCUUCGGGUCAUUGCCAAUGAAGAGUGUAACAUCAAGCAUCGGGGCAAGGUGAAAAAUAACGAGUUAUGUACCAUGAGCCCGAUGGUUCCAGUAGGGGCCUGUGAGGGGGACCAUGGAGGCCCACUGGCCUGCUUCACCCAUGACUGUUGGGUCUUAGAGGGAAUCAUCAUCCCAAAUCGUGUCUGUGCCCGCCCUGGAUGGCCAGCUAUCUUUUUGCGGGUUUCUAUGUAUGUUGACUGGAUAAACAAAGUCAUAAAACUGAGCUGAUGGAGGUGAAGAGGAAAGGUACUUUUUUCAGUGUCCUCCCACCCCCACCUUGGCCUUUCUCCCGUCUCUACGCAUCUUGGGCUCUUAAUGGUCCUUACCCAACCCAGGUUUUCUGGCUUCCUGUAAGGUGCAGCCCUGGCACCACCUUCUCCAGGAGGCCUUUCCUGGGGAGUCCAACCCCUCUAAGGUUAUCUUCCACCAACUCUGUAUUUAUGUUCUGAUUUACAUAUGUUGUCUGCCUCAUUCGAAUGUAAAGUCCAUGAGGGGAGGGACAGUUUUUGCUCUUACUCUGUAUCUCCUGGCUUAGGACAGCAUCUGUCACAGAAGAAACAAUAAAUGCUUGCUGAGA